CAACCAUAAACCAUCAACUUCUUAAAGAAUCGGACUAAACUCCAGUAAAAGGAAACCCUCGUCGGACCUUUAUAAACGAAUUGCUCCAAGUGCCGCUCGUAAUCUUAUUUGAGUUUUCCAGCUUAUUCAAUCUGAACGCCGCUGCAACGAGUACAUCUAAUCUCGACACUGAGGUGGGACGGAGAGUCGCAUCUACGCCGCUGCUCUUUUAUCCUACCUUCUAAAUACCUUGACUAGUUUGCUUUAGACUUCGGCGAUAGCCAAGAUGGUAAAAGAGCGCUCUGUCAACCCGGCGCAAGCACAGCGCAAGCUCGAAAAGCAAAAGGCCUUGAAGAAAAGCAAAGCCGAGCAGCAAACGCGCCGAAAUGAGAAGCUCGCCCGCCGAAAUCCCGGUCGCAUGCAGCGACAAAUCGAUGAACUGAAAGCCGCAGAAGAGUCUCGCCCGCUGUCGACACGAGAUAAGAGCGUGCUUGAAGAGCUCGAAAGGGAUCUACGUGCUGUACUCAAGGCGCGGGAAGCGCUUGGUGACAAAGCUCCACAAUUCUCUUCAUCACAUCACCACGAUGGCGGCGGCGGCGGCGGCGGUACAGGUCGAGGAGGACACGGUCAACGAGGUGGCCGAGGCGGAGGAUCAUAUCUGGGCAAGCGGCGGAGAGGCAGCGACGAUGGAGACAGCAGCGAUAGCGAAGAAACCGACGAAGAAGUUCGCAGAAUACCUAUGCCGCGAGACUCGCCGCCGCCAAUCCCGCCGCGAAGAAGACACAACAAGAAUGCGAAUAUGAUUCCCUUGGGAGGAGGAGCAGGAGAAGGGGGAGGCCGAGGAGAGCGGGUUCCCCAUGCUCUGCCGCAAAAGCCGCAGGUACAGGCGCCGGCACAAACGGUGUACGAGUCGAAACCUGUGGUCCGAGAUUUGCGCAAGGAGGCCAUUUCAGCAUUCGUCCCUGCAGCUGUGCAGCGGAAACUGGGUCUCCAAAAGGGCGAAGGCGGGAGAUUAUUAGAACCCGAAGAGGCAGACCGCUUGGAGAGAGAAGGAUAUGGACAAAAGGAAGCAGAAACAUCUUCUACAUCAGCAUCACCAUUACCCCCGUCGGCUGUAUCCGCGCAGCUGGGUCCUGGUGGUGCAACAUCCGAGGAUGAGAUAGCGCGUCUCCAGGCCGAGCAAGAGCGGUUCGAGCGUGAGCUUAGGACUGUGCAGGUCGAGGAGGUCGAAGACGAGGAUUUGUAACGUCCUAUCCUUUAUUGUUUACGUCUAAGCGUGGAAACGUUGCGCUCUCAUCAUAUUAUUUUCCAUUUACCACUCCCAUUUCCCAUCCCCCAUAUUCUCACGUUGCUCCGAGUCUUAUACCUGGCGUUUUUCUUCUCUCUUUUGCUUAUGAGAAAUCGUUUCCAUGUAUUUAAAACACUCUCUCUCCCUAUUGUACUCUCGUACAAUUUCAAAAACAAAUAAUCCAUCCUCC